AUGAACAAAGAAGCCGAAGGAGACUGCGACUCGCCAUCGCAUCAUCAGGCCCAGGUACAACAGGUGCAUCCACCAGAUCAAGGUUGGAGAGCAUGGCAGGCUGUUGUUGGUGCAUGGUGUUGUUUGUUUGCGAGUUUUGGGUGGAUUAAUGCGCUGGGGAUCUUCCAAGAUUACUAUGAGAAGAUACUUCUAAGAGAAUCUUCUGCUUCAGCCAUAGCUUGGAUUACGUCCAUCCAGACCUUUAUUCUGUUCUUGAUGGCACCUGUUUGUGGCAAGUUAUACGACAACUAUGGCCCGCGCUACCUCCAGCUACUCGGGACCCUUCUCCAGGUUUUCGGUCUAAUGAUGGCCUCUCUUUCAACACAAUACUAUCAACUCCUCCUCUUCCAAGGAAUCUGUGCCUCGCUGGGAGCAAGUCUCGUCUUCCAUUCUGGACUCCUGACCGCCUCAACAUGGUUCAAGACACGGCGAGGUCUCGCACUAGGUAUUGUCGCAUCUGGAUCUUCGAUCGGUGGGAUGGUCUUUCCAAUCCUCCUCUCAAGGCUAUUAACGGACGUUGGAUUUGGCUGGACGAUGCGGAUCUGCGCCUUCGUUGUUCUGGGUGUUCUGAUCAUAGCUAACGUGACAGUGCAAGCGCGAUUGAUCCCAGAACCAAAACCAGUCGUGAUGCGCGAAUUCGUGAAGCCCUUUGGCGAAAAGGUCUUCCUGUUACUGACCGCGGGAACAAUGCUGGGCUUCCUAUCACUCUACAUUCCGUUAAAUUACAUUGUCGUCUACGCACAAGCCAACAGCAUGAGCACUAACUUAUCAACCUACCUCCCCACCAUCCUAAACGCAGCAAGUCUCUUCGGACGGAUCCUCCCCGGCUGGCUCGGCGACCAUCUAGGCCUCUUCAACAUCAUGGUCGGCAUGUCCUUCCUCUGCGGCCUCACCCUCCUCCCGUUAUGGAUCCUCGCGCACACCAACAUCUCCAUCGUCUCCUUCGCAGCACUCUACGGCUUCGCCUCCGGCGCCUUCGUGUCGCUCGUCCCCGGCAUGGUAGCGCAGAUCUCGGAGAAAGACAUGUCCAAGGUGGGAGUUAGGCAAGGAAGUCUGUUUGCGUGUAUCUCGAUUUCUUGCCUUGUUGGAACGCCGAUUGGUGGCGCGUUGCUGGCUUGUGCAAAGGGUGGAUUCUGGGCUCAGCAGGUGUUCGCUGGUGUGAUGAUGUUUGCUGGGUGUCUCUGCUAUGUGUCUGCGAGACUGUCGAUCAAGACCGCUGUGAUGGAGAAGGUGUAG